AUGUCGAGGCUAUUGCUCAUUUUCGUCGUUACGGUAGCCGCCUACAAAGAGUAUCACAACGGUCCGGGAAGGUCUCGCCAAUCGGUCGGCUAUACUGUAGAAAAUGUUUUGAAAAUCCGCUGCUUUCAAUGCAAUCAGCCGUACAACUGCGAAACCGGAGUCUGCUACGGUGAUAUUUGUGUCAAAUCGCUAGUGAACAAUCAUUAUGUUAGCAAAGGAUGCGAGAAUUUAACAAUAUCUGGAAAUGUGUAUGAGCCGCACCUCAAAAUGCGGCAGUAUUGCAAAGAUGAGGAGGUGCUCGGCGUCGAUACCGUCAAUUGCUAUUGUAGGGACACCGACUUUUGCAAUUCGACAACGUCGUGCAAUUAUUUGGCAUUAUUAUUAAUUUCGAUUUUGAGUUUUAUAUUUUUACGGGACAUUUUUUGA